ACGCACUCAGAUUGCGCUUGACCAUAGCUCCGAGUGCCUACGAUAAAAACCUAUUUACAACUCAACGAAAUAAAAAAAAAAUAGCUUGCUUGUCAAUUCUCAUUUCGAUAUUCAAAAUUUGUUUCCCGCUAUUACGUGGUUGUCAAUUUUAUUGGAGCGAUUUAUUGUUAAUGUUUUAAUUAAAUAAUUUAUUUUAAGAAAUAGUUAAAAAUGCGUUCUUUGGGAAUGUUAAUUAGUAUAAGUGCUUUAGUGGUGUGCCUGUCGCAAAUGACGAAGACCGAAAGGGAAGCCCUCGAAAUCGAAAGAAUAUUCGCAUCAUGCAAGAAAACAUCGCCAGACUUCGAUGGGUGUAUCAAGAGAGCUUUCAACAAGGUGCGCCCCUUUUUCAAAAUAGGUAUUCCCGAAAUGGGCGUGGCUCCGUUCGACCCUCACUUCGCGCGGGAGGUGAAGCAGGUGCGCGCCAUCAAUGGGGUCGGCUACACACUCACGCUGAACGACGUCUUUGAAAGGGGCUGGUCGAAUUCCGUCGUUACUAAGUACAAAACGGACUGGGAAAACCAACGCAUAAUCUAUUCACAGUACUUUCCAGAAAAGUGGCUCAAUGGCGACUACGAGUUCAAGGGUGACGCGUUCGGUCUAGGCGUACUCCGGUCUGGUCGAUGGAACAUGACAUUGCGCGACUACUCCCAGACAACACGGAUCAAGCGAAACGGCACCGGAGUCGAUGUGCACGUGGAGGUGGACCACAUCGGCGACAUGGAGAUACACGUCGGCAACCUCGUGCGGGGAAACGGAAUACUCGGUACUUAUAUGCAGCGCAUGUUGGACAGACUGAUCAAUGCGACAUGGAAGCCUGGCUUCGCAGUCAUCAGACCACUCAUCAACGACCUCGUCAGCACCGCCUUCACCGACAUCUGGAGCCACUCCUUCAAAGACUUCCCCCUCGACAACUUCAUAAGAGACUGAUAUUGUUGUCUUGUUAUUAUUUAAGUGUUACUAUAAGUGUUGAAAUCGAAUAAGUGCCAGUUUGUGAUUACAAACGCCAUUAAAAUAAUAGUUUAAUCCAUCCACCUUAUAUUAAGGUCUAUGUACAUAUUUUAGUCAUAAUCUGAUAUUAAAACCUUUUGACCAUUA